AUGCCUAGCCAGCUCAGAGGAGGGAACACAGGGAGAGGAGGUGGGUUAGGAAGGGUACUUGAUGUGCCUAGCCAGCUCAGAGGAGGAGGAUGGAACACGAGGAGAGAAGGUGGGUUAAGAGUUGCACUUGAUGUGCCUAGCCAGCUUGGAGGAGGAGGAGGGAACACGAGGAGAGGAGGUGGGCUAGGAGGUGCACUUGAUGUGCCUAGCCAGCUUGGAGGAGGAGGAUGGAACACAAAGAGAGGAGGUGGGCUAAGAGGUGCACUUGAUGUGCCUAGCCAGCUCGGAGGAGGAGGAGGGAACACGAAGAGAGGAGGUGGGCUAAGAGGUGCACUUGAUGUGCCUAGCCAGCUUGGAGGAGGAGGAUGGAACACAAAGAGAGGAGGUGGGCUAAGAGGUGCACUUGAUGUGCCUAGCCAGCUCGGAGGAGGAGGAGGGAACACGAAGAGAGGAGGUGGGCUAAGAGGUGCACUUGAUGUGCCUAGCCAGCUCGGAGGAGGAGGAGGGAACACGAAGAGAGGAGGUGGGCUAAGAGGUGCACUUGAUGUGCCUAGCCAGCUCGGAGGAGGAGGAGGGAACACGAGGAGAGGAGGUGGGCUAAGAGGUGCACUUGAUGUGCCUAGCCAGCUCGGAGGAGGAGGAUGGAACACGAGGAGAGGAGGUGGGUUAGGAGGUGCCGAAGAGGUGCCUAUUCAAGUAGGAAGGGGAGGAGGAGGAGGAGGAAGAGGUGGAGGAGAGUAA